AUGCGCACCGGCCUGUCCGAUGACCUCCGUGUCAUUUCAGACUUUCGAAAGACCACAGUGAUUGACAGGGAGCUACAUAGACUAAACGUGGAUAUAGCAACGCUGCAGGAAACUCGACUCCCAGAAGAUGGCUCCCUAAGAGAGGAACACUACACCUUCUUCUGGCAGGGGAGAGGAAUCGGAAAUGUGAGGGAGCAUGGAGUUGGCUUUGCUGUCAGGAACACCCUGCUUCGCACGAUUGAGCCCCCGCAUGGCGGCACGGAGAGAAUCCUCACCCUACGUCUUUCAACGUCGGCUGGUUUUGCAAACAUAAUUUGUGUCUACGCACCAACGCUCCAAGCACCGCCUGAGACCAAGGAUAGGUUCUACGAACUCAUGGCGAAUACCAUUGACAGGAUCCCAAUGCACGAGCAUAUUUACCUCGUGGGCGACUUCAACGCCAGAGUUGGGACAGACCACGAGUCCUGGCCUGAAGUGCUGGGUCAUCACGGCAUCGGGAAAAUGAAUGAAAACGGCCAAAGAUUGCUAGAAUUCUGCUGCCACCACAACUUGUGCGUGACAAAUACGUUCUUCCAGAACAAACUAUGCCACAGGGCAUCGUGGAGACAUCCCAGAUCGAAGCACUGGCACCAGCUGGACUUAAUUAUCACACGCCGCGGCUCUUUGAACAGCGUGCGAAACACAAGAGUAUACCACAGCGCCGACUGCGAUACUGACCACUCAUUGGUCAUAUCCAACAUCAAAAUUAAACCAAAGAAAUUACACACUCUCAAGAGGAAAUGCCAGCCAAGAAUUGAUGCCAGCAAGGCCUCCUGUCCCGCUGGAAAUCAAAUUCUAGUCGAGCAUCUUGCGGAGCUGCUCCCUGCCGAACGAGCAGAGCGCGCAAUCGGUGGGUGGUGCUCUCUCCGCAGCGCCAUCUAUAAUGCUGCUGUCUUGGCCUAUGGUAUAAAGGAGCGAAAUAGUGCGGACUGGUUUGGGGCCAACAUCUGCGUGCUGGAACCUGCCAUCAGCAGCAAAAGAAGAGCAAUGCUUAAAUACAAAAGUGAUCCAAGCCAGCGGAACCACAGGCAUUGA